AUGGCUUCGACUCACGGGGAUCCUCGAAUAUUGUACAGCAUUAACAACAUUCGCGCCUACCACAUCCAAGAUGGAGAAGAGACCGAUCUUACUCCAUCGGGCCCGCAAACCCUCUCCCUGCUGAUGGUGCCUACCAUGUCACCAGAACAGCAGCAAGAGACCGGGAGCGCGCCAGAGGAAGACUUCUAUCUACAUUUGCAUCUUCCUCCCGAACUCGAUAUGGCGUUACCAGCAACGACCCAGAUAUACCAUCAGCCCCCUAACAGUUAUCUCAUUCCGCGCUGGGAUCUUGGUCCUGAUGCUGGCGCUUUCAUUCGCUUGCAGUUUCCAGGCAUUGGAUCUAGCUCAAACAAGGUCUCACAGGAAGAUGUGGACACAUUCGAGACUAUUCUAGCGCAAUGUACUGCGUUUCUGGAGCGGGCUGCUCCUCCAUCGAGUCAUGCUCCAUACAAUCCUGCUGAUUAUGCACCCGGCGAAGGGUACAUUUCAUCACCGAACGAGAAAGAUCCUGAUAGCAAGAGAUUUGGUCAAAUUGUGUUGGUAGAUGAGGAGGACGGCAGCGUUGUCGGCGAACUCUCAGAGGGCUACAAGGUCGUCGAGAAACCGGAUGUGAAGCCAGGUUCGAAGAAUCCCGUCGAAAUCCAACUCCCGUCGCCAGGCGAAGAACACCAAAUCAGCGUCAGCAACGUCUCCGAGGAAUAUCUCCGCAUGGCCCGCCACCCCGCCUACAAAGAUUCAACCAUCGUACAAACCUCCGCGCGCGCAUCCCGUCUCAUCGUAACCGGAUCCGCAUUUUUAGCCAACAAACUCACCUCCAGCGCCGACAGCUUUGCGCAACGCACAAAACCGAAUCCAGAACCACUCAAUUUCUCGCCAGCAACUCAAGAACGAAUCCGUAAAGUGCACAGCUUAUCUCAAUCUGCCGUCGGCCUCUCUGCGCGCACAGUCGGUGGUAUUGGCCGCGUCGCGCAGAACCUCGGCGCCACUCUGGCGCGACGCAAGGAUACGCCCAAGGGCUCUUCGCGCCAGGGAUAUGACAGUAACGGCAAUCCCGUCGAAGUCAAGACGGGCGUUCUGAAUAAGUCGUUGAUAGCGUUCACCACUUUGAUGGAUGGUAUCGAAGAAGGUGCGCGCACAGUACUGAACUCCAGUUCUACCGCCGCUACUUCAAUGAUACACCACCGCUACGGUCCCGAAGCCGGCAACGUCGCAUCCGAUCUCACCCGCGGAUUCCGGAAUGUCGGAUUAGUCUACAUCGACGUUGCAGGCGUGAGCCGUCGCGCGGUUCUGAAAUCAGUGGCUAGAGGCAUGAUAGUCGGACGCAUGCAUAACGGUCAACAGGUCGUUGUGGGGGGUGGUGAUGGAGGACAAGUGCCGCCCGAUGGUAAGGCGGAGUAUACGUACUACGGCGGCAGUAGCAAUGGUCUCGGGAGCAGCGGUAGCCAGCGCAGCAGUAGUAGAGGUCGUCUUCCGGCGCCUCCUAGGCGACAUACUCGCACUCCCUCGCCGCCGCCGGCGUAUGGUGCUGCUGGAACAUACCCGUUGGGUGGUAGCACUACUUCUGCAUCUGGGAAGCAUUAG